UCAAGUGUUGCAAGUUGGGACUGAGUCCACUCUGAAAUGGAACACUGGAUGUGGAAAAAGGGAAGAAUCCUAAAUUUAUAGUUACUUCAUCCCCUGCAAUGAAUUGAUUGAAUCCAGAUGUUCGCAAGGAUCGCGGAUGCAUUUGGAGAUGUAAAUUAAACUGUUUUAACCAUUUGAAUCUCUCUCUCUCUCUCUCUCUCUCUCUCUCUCUCUCUCUCUCAUACACACUCACACAUACAUAUAUUACCCACCUAAUCCACCACUUAGUACAAGGGCAUCAAACUCAUUUUUGUCGUGGUCCGCAUUUUAGUUAGUUUCCCUCACAGGGCCGUUAUAAUUGUGAAGUGCUUCACAAUAUGUUUGAAUAUAUUUUACAGCUUUGCAGCGGCACGAUGGCGCAGCUGGAUAGUGUUGGCCUCACAGUAUUGAGGACUCGGGUUCAAAUCCCAGGCCCGCCUGUGUGGAGUUAGCAUGUUCUCCCCAGGCCUACGUGGGUUUCCUCCGUUCCCUCCCACAUCCCAAAAAGAUGUAACAUUAAUUGGACACUCUAAAUUGCCCGUAGGUGUGAUUGUGAGUGUGGCUGUUUGUCUCAACGUGCCCUGCGAUUGGUUGACAACCAAUUUAGGGUGUCCCCUGCCUCCUGCCCGUUGACAGCUGGGAUAGGCUCCAGCACUCCCCGCGACCCUCGUGAGGAUAAGCGGCUAAGAAAAUGGAUGGCUUGGUUGAUAUUGUUUUGUACUUCUCAGCCACUGUAAAAUCAGGGCCUUGAGUUUGAGGCCUGUGUCUUAGUGCCACCACCACAACAUGACUAUAAAAACUAUCAUAAAUACUUUACAAAAACGCAGUAUAACAGCAUAAAAGUGUGCCAAAAGGAAGCGCUACUGCUUCUCCCGGGAGCCCACCAAAUAGUAGUACUAACAAGUGUGUGAACGAAUGCUCUCAAUCCUGAAUUACAAAUCUGAAUUAUGCAAUUAUCAUUAUGAAAUCAUAAUAAUCACGCACGAUGAAGGUUUGAUGUUGCUGCGAAGAAAGGCACAAUUGGACUACAACAGACAGGUGGAACUCAAGAAAAAAAAAAAGGAUGUCGGUUCACCUCUACCCGCUCUUAAGGACUUGCAGGCUCUUUUUAUCAGCAUAAACGCAAUAUUGAUAUCUUUAAAUUGCUCAGUGACUCUGUACAUUUGUGUGUAUCUCCUGAAUAUAUGUUGUUUGGUGUAGACAAUUUUAUUUUAUUUUAUAAUAAUUGGCCCGAAAAGUGAGAUGAUAAUGUUUCUGAUAAUUUGUCAAAGCACAACUCAUUAAAUGGUAUAUAUGCUUUAUAUUUAUUCAUUUAUAUCUUCACGAUAUACUCAUGCAUUAUUAUAUACUUCAACAGGAAUGCUUAAUUUAAAAGGUUUAAAGUUAAGACAAUUGCUGCAUAGAAGCACUGGGGACAUCUGCUGGUCAAGUCGUGUACUACUUUUAUAUUAAGUUUUGCUGAACACGGUCAGUGAUAUUUUAUUUUAACAGUAUGUUGUUUUACAGAAUUUUAUGGAGGAAUAUUUGCCAUUUUUAGGGAUUUAUAUUAAGUUUUUAUUCUGUAAUGUUACAUUAUUUUCAUUACAUAUGUGUUUUCAAUGAACUGUAGUUCAUUUUGGUCAAACAUGUUGUUUUUAUAUUUGGUUCACACAUGCAUUUGUACCGUAUUUAACUAACUGGAAUACAACUUCGUAUUCUAAUCAAAAAUAUAUAAGCUUACACAAUAUAUACUUUUAUAAAUUUGAAGUAUGAGCGGUCUUCAGUUUUGACAGUGUUCUGCUCAUACAAGCGGCGUCAUAACACGACUAUGGACGGAGGUCAGAACCUCUUUUUGUGGUUACACAGAAGUGAAGUCAAAAUUACAGUACAUAUUUUGAGAGAAGUCAUAAUUACAGUACCUAUUUUGAGCGAUUAAUCAAUCUCAAAAGAUUGAUGGAUUCAUUGAUUGAUGAAUUGACUGAAUACAAAAAAAUACGAAACAAAAGAUAAUGUAAUGGAAAGUGAAACAUUUUUUUCAAAGAAAAGAAGGGAGAAACAAAUGAAAGCAUUGUGGGAUGCGUUUGGUUCGUAAACUCGAAGUUUCGUAUAUCAGAACCGAUUAUUCCCCCCCCAAAAAAAAUCUACUUUCAUCAUUUCAUAAUGCGCACUCUAUUUUGAUUCAUCUAUUUCCGCUUCCGUUGUGUCCAACCAAGAAAAAAAUACAGGAAUCCAAAAGUUUUUUUUUAAUUAUUUGAAAAGGUGAUAAUUUUAAGAUUAAUCAAGAGCUGUGCGUCGGGGAACUAUAAAAUGAAAAGCAAACUGUUUUUUUUCCCGUCGAUACUACUGGUGGGCGUGUCCCAACGGCCGGCUUUUCCCUCCCUCCUCCAUUACUGUGUCACCGUAAACGGAAGAAGCAAGUCAUCCUGACUUUAUGCUUUUUUUCCCCAUAGUAAAUCUUACGCAGCCGUAUUAUUGGUCCCUUCGAAGAGGGCGCAGUCACAUAUAAAUAGUUAACAACAACAACAAGCGCCUGCUUCUUGUCACAUCGUCGCUUCUUCUUCUUCUUCUUCUAUUUAUGUAUUUAUUUAUUUAUUUUUAAUUCGAGCGACUAUUAUUUUCUCCCACCACAAAACAAAAGACGGGACAAAUGGACCCCGACGGCACGAACGCGGAGGCGAAGAGGACGCUGCUGAGCCGUGCCAAGUCUCUGAGGCUGCACACGGGAAAUUUAGUCAACAGAACCCGGCUGAAGAAGAAAUGCCCGUGCUCGCCCGGCGAGGAGCUUCAGGAAUGCAUUCAAGCUACAAUGAGCAGCUGGUUCUCCACAACAGACGGCCCAAAUGAGGACGUACCAGACACAGUAGUCUGUAACAUCCCGCAGGCCACAGAUGCCAUCGUACCUGAGGAGAGAGACGAACUUAAAGUUUCAGCCAAGUUGUUCCUCUUUGAGUCGGGUCAGUCGUCCAUCAGAGAUGCAGUGGAGAUGGCCUGUCAAACGCUGGCUGUGUCCCAGCUGGACUCGGUUAUCAUAGCGCCGCGCCGGCUCCUGGACAGCGACGACCAAACGCUGGCUCCGCUUCAGCCGGCGUGGGAGGAGCUGGAGGCGCUCGUCCGCAGCCAGAGGAUCGCCGCCAUCGGCACCUCGGACUUGGACAAAGACCUGCUGGAGCAGCUCUACAACUGGGCUCAGGUGAAGCCCAGCAGCAACCAAGUGAACCUGGCUUCCUGCUGCGUGAUGCCCCCCGAGCUGACCGCCUUCGCCAAAGAAUUUGACAUCCAGCUGCUCACACACAACGAUCCUACGGAGUUGAUAUCAGCGUCCACGUUCCAGGAGGCAAUGCAGGAGGGAACGCAGCACGUGAGCGCGGCUGACUGGAGGCUAGAGUGGCUCCUGCGCUACUCGGUCAUCGUCAAGAGCCGCGGCAUCAUCAAGGCCACGGGCUACCUGUUCGGCGCCAGGAAGCCGGAACUCUAGCGGGACAAGGAGCCGUUCGCGACCCCGUGCAAAGUCAACGGUUUGCAAACGCGGAAGCCGCCAAUCAACUUGAACGUCCCCCUUUGCACAUUUACUGUCGCGUACUCUGAAAAAGUUUUCUUCUCAAUCGCAAUGGAUUUUAUUGCCAUGGUCAGUGAAAGGUAUCGUCAAGACUAGGAUUUACUUUUUCGGUCCAAUGAUGCAAUAUGAAACAUGGGUGGUAAUAAUAAUAAUAUAAAAAUACGUAGUAUUUUUGUAAAAUUCAAGUAUUGGGUUAUUUCCAUAUACCAUAAUUCUAUUAAUCAAAUUAAAAAAAGGGCAGCACGCUGGCUCAGCUGGUAAAGCAUUGGCCUCAGAGUUCUGAGGUCCCGGGUUCAAUCCCGGUCCCGCCUGUGUGGAGUUUGCAUGUUCCCCCGCCAAAAAACAUGCAACAUUAAUUGGACACUCAAAAUUGCCCCUAGGUGCGAUUGUGAGUGCGAUUGCUGUUUGUCUCCAUGUGCCCUCUGAUUGGCUGGGAACCAGUUCAGGGCACACCCCGCCUCCUGCCCGUUGACAGCUGGGAUAGGCUCCAGCACUCCCCGCGCCACUUGUGAGAAUAAACAGCAAAGAAAGUGGAUGGGUGAAAUUGAAAAAGUCUUUUUUAAUCAAAAAUUACUUUUUUGCUGCCUUGGUUUAAUGUGUAUAAAUAUCUCAUAUGCUGAAAGAGCCAAUGUUGAAAUCCUAAUUUCCAAAACUUAUUGAUUUAAAAUUUGAUGAGCAGCAGGUGUAAAUGUGAAGUUUAGCGCAAAUAUGAGAGCGAAAGCGCUUUUGAACCAAAUCAUUCUGGGAGAAGAAAAAUCGACGUACUGUACUACUCAAAAAGUUUGGGAUAUCUGGUUUUUCGGUGAAGUUUCAGGAUGAAAUUAAAAUGCAGGCCUUCUCACAGCUUUAUGAAUUAUGCCAUUAAAGUACUUGUUAUUGCAAAAAGUACUGAAACAUUGAACAGUCGGACUCUGCUUUUACAAGUUUAGCGAAGGUCCAAUUAUGUUCAAUUUUAAGGGCUGCAUUACAACGUGGAUUCAUCCUGAAAUUUCACGCCAAAACUCCAAUGUUACUACCGUAAUUUCCGGCCUACAGAGCGCACCUGAUUAUAAGCCUCACCGAGUACAUUUGUAAAGGAAAUACCAUUUGGUGCAUACAUAAGCCGCACCUGUGUAAAAGCCGCAAGUGCCCACAUUGAAACCCGCGCUGAAACACGAGAUGUUUACAAAGAAAGAGGGUACACAAAGAGUUUUCAAAGUUUUAAUUCCUUAGCUUAGUAGCAACACAGUAGGACAGCAAUAACACGGCCAGUAAAAAAAAAAAAAAGAAA